UGAGCGCGCAGGAGGGCGUGAUGACUCUGACGCGUAUGACGUGGCGAGCUGGAUCAGCCGAACUCUCCUUUGCUUCAAUAGAUCAGAGUCGCUCCUGGCGCUUUCAAAACAACAUUAUUUGUCAGAAAUGGAGGUAAAUACGUGCAACAUCCAAGUGCUUCUGCAGGCAGCUGAAUAUUUGGAGCGGAGGGAAAGAGAGGCUGAGCACGGUUAUGCCUCCGUUCUUCCAUUCUACGGUAACGGAGUUUCUGAUAAGAGAAAGAAGCAGAAGUCAAAGAGCCAUUCAUCACCAGGGAACAGCAGGUCUGUUCACAACGAGUUGGAGAAACACAGGAGAGCUCAGUUGAGACAUUGUUUGGAGCAGCUGAAGCAGCAGGUUCCUCUGUCCUCAGAUUCAUCAAGAAACACAACCCUGAACCUGCUCCGGCAAGCACAACUGCACAUCAAGAAACUGCAGGAGCAGGACGAGCGUGCCGAGCUGCUGAAGGACCGUCUGCGCUGGGAGCAGAGAGAACUGCGCACACGGCUGGAGAAACUGCAGGGCGGAUCUGAGAGGAUGCGAAACGACAGCCUCGGUUCAGCCGUGUCCUCGGAGAGAUCUGAUUCUGAGAGAGAGGACGUGGAGAUUGAUGUGGAGAGCAUGGUUUGGACUCUGGAGGCUGAUGCUCUGGGUUCUUCUCAUGCCGGUGUGGACCACAGCUACUCUACCUCGGAUCACACCUGGUUAUGACUUUAAGAGGACAACAGACUCCAAACCCCGAAAAGUUUGAUGGGCUUUACCAUCAUUACCACAGAACAGCCUUACAUUUGCUGACUUUUAAAAAAAAAACCAUCAGCCACAAACUUCUUCUCAUAAGCACGACUGGAAUUUCUUUAGUGCAGUGUAUUCUGUAUACAAAUGGCAUUAUGGUGCUCUAGUUUGCUACACACUCAAUGAGAUUCAAAUGUAACAAGUUUGCUGAUGAUUUAUUUCAACAGAAUGAUUUGUGUUUGAUUUCUUUCGGAGGACUAGUUAUGAUCACAUUUGUACUUGCUAGUUGUUUUCUAUCCAGCUAAUGAGCUUCUCUUCAGGGUCAGCCUGCAGUACACAUUGGCUUGCACUUAAAUAUUCCGCUUAUUUAAAUUUCUUUCAUGUCAAGUUUUUGAUACGUUGCACAAAGCAUUCAAAGCAUGAGCACUUGCGAUGUCUGUUUAGAUGUGUGUUGUUUGCCGAUUAUGUCAAUUCAUUUGCUUUUAGCGAACUUUGAUGUUACUUUUUUGUUCUAAUGGAAAACCGGGGAGGCUAAUUCAAAGGUUGUGCUGCAAUUCAUGUCUUCUUUUUGCGUUUAAGUUUGUGGGGGGGUGAUGGUACAUCUUUUCACUUUUAUUUCACCUUUAUUUACUGUUUAAGUUCACUCCAGUGAAUGAAAGUCGGUGCUAUUCGAACACCCCAAAACAAGCUAUUAUGUUGAGCCCAUGUUUCAGAAGCAGAAAACAAUGAAGUGUUUUAUUCUAUAUAUAUAUAUAUUUUAGGAUUUAAUUUUAUUUGUAUAGUGGAUUUUCUGGAUCCUCUUUCCCCAAUAAUGUGUUAGUCUGCUCAUGUGAACAUUUCCUCAUUAUUUUUCUUUUUAAAUGCAUACCUUUUAAUUGCAAUUCAGUAUGUUGGUAGUGUUGACAAAGUACAUGGGCUGUAUUUGCAAAUGGUUCAGUAUCUGCUCAUAUCAGUCAUUUAUGCAAACUAUUAUAUGAACAUGCCUUUCGUGUUGUUUGUACAGCGAUUGUGUUUUAAUGUACACAGCAGAAAUGUACAUUGUAUAUACAGUUCUGAACACCAAAUGCCUUAUGAACUCUUCGUAUGUCAUUGGACCAGAAACACCUUUGUAUUUAUGUCUCUCCUUGUAUUCAUAUGUAGCAUUUUAUUAUUUUUUACCAACAUAAGCCUUUUGUACAAAUAAAUAUUUUAUGUAUUUAA